UUAUUUUUUUUCACCCUAAAAGAGAAGAACUCCCCUACUUCAUUUUGUUGCACUCGAGGAAGAGUCUUCUAACUUUCUGCGUCCAAAAUCCCUAGCUCCUCUCAGUCUAUCGCUAAAUUUUAGAAGGUGAUCGAGCUGACAAUCUAAAGGUGCGAUGAACUCUGAGAUCAACCUCUUCCCUUUUUCCAGUUUUGGUCGAUGACAUGAACUUCUAUCGAGCUUGAACAUCAGCGGUGGCUUUUCUAGGAACUUGGGCAUUUAGCAUCAUGAAUAUCCAAAUAACACCAGAGUUGCCUGUACUUGCAAAGUUAAAAUUUGGGGUGAACUGUGUUAGAUCGUUUUCCCAACGGUUAGCGAUGCCCUAUUGAUUUACGGAUGAAUCUCAACAUGAGUAUGACUGAAAGCACAUCUCAUCUUGGAGAUCUAAUUGGCAGCAAUAUGGUGUUGGAUAGUGAAAUUUUUGAUGAGUUUGAGAUAGAAGAUUGUGAUAAUACCAGCAGACAAGACAAUCAACUUGUAGAAUUGACUGUAGACGUGGGACCUUCAGAACCAUGUAUAGGCAUGGAGUUCAAUUCAGCAGAUGAUGGUAAAGAUUAUUAUGGUGCGUAUGCCAGACGUAAUGGUUUCACUAUUCGUGUUAACCGUAAGCGAAGAUCUCGUAUAGACGAAGCUGUUAUCGGGUUUGAUUAUGUAUGUUCUAAAGAAGGUUUUCGUCCAAAGAGAUGCCUAGGAGAAGACAGAACUAUUCUAUUGUCGAAGCAAUCAAGAGUAGGGUGCAAGGCAAUUUUAGUUAUUGCUUACAGGAGGGAAGUUGAAAAAUGGGUUGUCACAAACUUCGUUAGAGAGCAUAAUCAUGACCUAAUGGGUCCUGCAGAGGUUCUAGUGAGACGGUCAUCGGUGAAGGCGUCAACUGAGGAUGCGAAGGAUAAAAGAAUUCGGGAACUAACCUCAGAACUCUACAAUGAGAGACAAAGAUUCCAAAGACGGUGCUCAGCAUAUGAAGAACGUUGUGCAGCUUAUAAAGUAAAUCUAGGUAAGAUUUUAAAGGAUAUUGAGCUACACUCAGAACACCUUUCUGUUAGUGUUUCAAACAUCCUUCAGACCAUAAAAGAGGUUGACGAUGAACAUUGAAAGACCCACACAAACCCCGGCUAGUCUUUUUGUGCUAGUUGUCUGUUGUAAUAUAUUUUCAUUUUUAGUUUCUAGUUCUCUUCUCUUGCUGUAUAUCGUCACUAUUGUAUUUGCUUUAUAUUUUCAAAAGUAUUUAGCUUGAUCAAUUGUUGAGCUCAGUUACAGUGAUCUCCAGUUAUGAGAACGAGAUUUGAUUCGGU